AAUCAGAAAGAUCUAAUAGCAUAGCUCCGCAGACCCCAUUGACCAAUGAAGAAGAUUUUUUUGAAUCUGAUUAUAGGAGUAUCACUAAUCACGAGAAUCAAAUCACCACAUCAACCAAUUCUCAAGCCGAAUCUGUCACCUGUUCUUGGUGUAAAGAACCUGAUCCAUUAUUCGAAACUAAUGGAAAUAACUUGGAACCAGUCGCGAGAUUGUCCUAUCUUCAUAGCUUCCAUCUUAGGUGUAUUAUUAUUUCCUUAAAAAAAGAUAUGAUAUGUCCUUGUUGUCAACAUCUUAUUUAUCUUGGUGAUGAUGAUGAUGCAAAGCUAAAUCCUAGAGAAGAUGACAAUGUUAAAAAAUUUUUUAAAGAGUUAUCCAAUAGACCACAAGACUUCAAUCCAUUACCAGAGGUGUCAGAUGUGGAAACGGGAGAUCCUACAACUCCUGAAAUGAUAUUCGUCAGAUUACACAAUAAAAUACUUCAUGCUGAGAAGAUUCUUAAUAAAAAAACACGUGAAGUAUCCCACGUGGAAUAUGAAAUCCUUGACUUUCAUUAUCCUCUUGGGGAAGCAUUGGAGAAGAAAUUGGCCGAAUUUACCUCUAUUCAUCCUCUUCAAACCGCACGAAUAUUGCUUAAUGCAGAAAUUAGGCAACAAUUCCCCUCUGAGAUGACUCAAGGUUUAGGAAGAGACGAGAUCAAGCGAAUUAGGAGAAUUUCACCAUCGUCUUUUGGGAAAUUUACUGAUAAAGAAAUAAAGGUCAUUCAAGAAAGGAUUAGAACAAAUUCUUCUCGACCAAAUUGGCUUGAUCAAUUUGAUGAUUUAGAACUAAAUGAGCCAAUGUUGACUGAUUGA